AUGACCAUCUCCGGUCUCUCCAGUCUGUGUCUGGACCCCGGGGCAUCUUGCACCUGCCGCACCCGCCUCCACACGGACAUCCUUCUUCAUCGACUGCCGCCUCUACCGGCCGACCCAGGAGGAGGUGUGUUGUUGGCGCGCGGCCUUACCUUCCGCCCUUCCGAUGAGAUGCUCUUAGACUUGCAGGCCGAAUAUGCGCGCCGGUCGCUCGGCAGGGGGCCCCAAGUGUUGGAUUUGGAUUUGGGGGAGCAUGAGACGAGAAGCGAGAACGACGUCGAGGAAGUGCCAUCCGACCCGCCGCCGGAGCCGAAGGCGAUAAAGCCCAAGCCCAAGGGUCUGCUGCAAAAGGGGCUUGCGAUGGCCAAAGACUAUGCCCUGCAGGCCGCUGGCGAAUAUUUCAGCAGUGCUGGUGGCAAAGGAGACCCUGAAGUCGAAAGGCAGUGCCACGAACUCUACGGCCUCUUCCAGAGGAAGAACGUCAUGGAAGCGCACACAGACCGACCGCUCAAAAGGAGCAGAGGAGGGAAGCACAAGCCGCUCGCCAAUCUCGAGGGUGACAAGGCUCCAGGUGGCCUCUUCAUCCAGCACACGGCCUCCCACCAGUGGUACCACUGCUUCAUCUUGGGGAAAAAGGAGGACGCGCAGCUACAGUGUGUAGCGAUGGAGCCCGACUGGAUCUUCCAGAAAACUAACCGCAAGCUUUGCGGCUUGCAAUCGUGCGACUACGAUCGGCUCACCUUCAAGACCGAGUGCCUCGACAGGGUGGUCGGUUGGAUCCCGCGGUCACAAUGUGUUUACGUUGGCCACCAUGGACAGGUGCAUCCCAAGGACAUGAUGGGAACCCCUGUCCCAUAUUCGGUCUACAUCAUGGGAUGUCCGCCAAUACCUUCGGCCCCCACCCUGCAGAGAUUGCGAACAAGCCAGAAGUGGAGAGACUUCCUGCUACUUGCAGGGUAA